CAAGAGACUCAGAGACACUGCGACAAGCCGACAAUGGGGGCUUACAAGUACGUAUCGGAGAUAUGGAGGAAGAAGCAGUCGGACGUUAUGAACUUCGUUUCCAGAAUCCGAGUUUGGCAGUACCGCCAGGAACCCUCCAUUGUGCGUGUCACUCGUCCCACUCGCCCUGAAAAGGCUCGUCGCUUGGGAUACAAGGCCAAGCAGGGUUAUGUUAUCUACCGGGUGCGUGUGAGGCGUGGUGGACGCAAGAGACCAGUUGCGAAGGGCAUUGUGUAUGGCAAGCCCACAAACCAGGGUGUUACUCAAUUGAAGUUCCAACGCAGCAAGCGCUCAGUUGCAGAGGAGCGUGCAGGUCGCAAACUAGGUGGCCUUAAGGUUCUCAAUUCUUACUGGGUUAAUGAGGACUCUACAUACAAAUAUUUUGAGGUGAUCUUGGUUGAUGCUGCCCAUAUGACCAUCCAAAAUGACCGAAGGAUUAAUUGGAUCUGCAAUCCUGUUCACAAGCACAGAGAGCUUCGUGGACUCACUUCUGCUGGAAAGAAAUAUAGGGGUCUGCAAGGAAAGGGUCACUUGCACCACAAGGCACGACCUUCAAGGAGGGCCAACUGGAAGAGGAACAACACCCUUUCUCUUCGGCGUUACCGUUGAUUGUCUUGACCCUAUUGGUGACCUUAACUAUAUGCUAGUCAAUAUCCUCCGCUUUAGGUGUUGGAAGAGAGAAAUUUUGGAACAGAGAGAAGUAUCUUUCUUA